CAGGCGCAUGCGUACACACCGAAGGUUGGGCAAUAUGGUGGCCGUAAUGGCGAACGAGCAGCAGCAAUUCGAAUCUCUUGUUACCCAGCUGAUGUCCCCUGAUAACAAUAUCAGGAAUCAGGCAGAGGCACAUUAUGAUACAAUUGAUGAGCCAACAAAAAUCAAAUUCCUUAUUCAGAUGAUUAGAACGUCAGGAAUCCCUGAGGUUCGCCAGAUGUCAGCUGUACUCUUGCGUAGGAUUUUCUCAAGCUCAGUGGAUUUUUACGACAAACUUGACCCAGCAUUUCAGCAAGAGAUGAAAAAUGAUUUGCUCAAGGCAAUUGGUGAUGAAGAGGUGCAAACAAUCCGCAAAAAAGUUUGUGAUGCUGUUGCUGAAUUAUCUAGAAGUCUUCUUGAUGAGGAAGGGUAUAAUCAUUGGCAAGAACUCUUGAAAUUUCUCUUUGGAUGCUGCAAUUCACCAAAACCAGAGCUGAAGGAAAGUGCACUUCAUAUUUUUGUAUCUUUUCCUGGAAUUUUUGGAACACAACAAGAGCAUUAUAUGCAGGUUAUCAAACAGAUGUUGUGGCAGUGUCUUCAGGAUCAGUCUAGUCAACAGGUUCGUUUUAUGUCAGCACGUGCAUCCGUUGCCUUUAUUACAGAUCAAGUUGAAGAAGUCAAACAAAGGCAAUUUGCUGAUUUAGUCCCAGGUAUAGUACAGGCUGUUCGGGAAAGUGUUCAAGCAAAUGCUGAUGACUCCGUGUUAAAAUGUCUGAUAGACUUAGCCGACACUUGUCCCAAGCUUCUCAGGACAAAUUUGGAACAAAUUUUAGACUUGAUGUUGGAGAUUGUUCGUAACACAAGUCUUGUUGAAAGCUGGAGACAUUUAUCUUUAGAGUGUGUGGUGACACUAGCUGAGACAGCACCAGCCAUGCUGAGGAAAUGUCAGAAAUACAUCCCGGUAAUAGUUCCUGAGAUGCUGGCAAUGAUGGUUGACUUGGAAGAUGAUCCAGAGUGGAGUAUCUCUGAUGAACUUGAUGAUGAAGACUCUGAGAGGUAGUCACUGUUUGUUUUUUCAUCCUUAAAUGUUAAAGUACUCUUCAAGUGAAACUUGUCCUUUUAGGAGGAAGAAUGAGAAAAUGCUAUGCUUUUAGGAUGUGUCAAGG